AUGAUGUCGCAGUCUGGUACAAUUACGGCAAAUUUGCUAAAAAUAGAAGGAUCAGCUAUGGCCACAAGAAAGCAUGUGCAAAGCAUCAGAGAAUUUAAUGCUUCUCAAAAGCGAAUUGAUGAUUGGCUUGAGCGUUUGGAUGUUGCUUUUCUUAUAGCGAGAAUUACGGAUGAAAAUCAGCAGCGAUUGGUCCUGAUAAAAGAUAUGAGUUCCAAAGCUUUUGCUGAAGUUAUGUCGAAGCUAGAACCAAUGAAACUAAGAGAUACUCUGCUUGCAAAGCUGGUGGAUAAUUUGAUGGAUUUGUAUGGAACAAAGAAAGAAGGUAUUUUGGUAUUAAGACUUGAAUUAACAAAUUUAAAACAAAAAACAGAUAAGGAUGCUCGUCAGUUUUCUUCAAGAAGGGAUAGAUUCUUUAGCACAGUUUUUGUCAAUGGUUUAAGUGAUGAUGGAGCAAAGAAAUUUAUAAUUGCAACAGCAAAUCCUAGACAAAGUAACGUUGUUGAAUACAUUGGUUCUAAUGGGACGAAAUGUCAAUGCUGUGUACAUAAUGGACACAGUAAAGAAAAAUUUCGUAUUAAGGAUGCAACUUGUAGAAAAUGUAGCCGUAAAAAACAUCUAAAAUAUGUGUGCAGAAGUGGGAAACGUUUUGAGAAUAAGAUUAAAGAAAUAAAAUUUUGUGAUAACGAAAGUGAUAGUAAUUCAAUGUUUAAUUUAGAAAUGGAUAUGAUUGAAAGUAAAAAUGGUAAUCAAUUCACAAAGGAGUUUGAUAUAAAAAUUAAUGGUUUCUAUGUAAAAGAGAAACUUGAUACUGUAACAGAUAGAUCCAUUAUCUUUAAAGAAAUUUGGAAGAGUAUUGGUUCUCCAAUGUUAAAGAAAAAUAAUAAGCCAAGAAAAAGAGCGAUGAUUGAAUUAAGGGUAUUUUCAAAGGAAAAAUGCUUUAUCGAGAGGGAUGUUAUAAGUUUAUUAAAAUUAGUUCUUAAUGAGAUAUUUUAUGGAAAAAUUGAAAAAAUUAGUGAAUCACCUGAAUUUUUAAUUAGAAGUUUUGUUGAAAAGUACCCUAAACUUUAUAAGGUAGAUAGAACCGAUGGUUCUAAUUUAAAUACAAAGCUAUAUUUGAAACCUGAGGCAAUACCAAAGUUUGUACCAGCUCGUAGUCAUUCUUUAGCACUUAGAAAAGUAAUUAAGAAAGAGAUUCAGCGUUUGAUAGCUGCAAACAUUUUCCAACCAGAUUUUUCUCGUACAAUUAAUCCUCAACUUCAAGUUGAACAAUUUCCAACUCCAAGCUUAACUGAUGCUAUUAAUAAAAUAGCAGGUAGAUGUGUGUUUGCGAAGAUAGAUUUAAAAAACGCUUUCAACCAGUUACAUAUGGAUAGUGAAAGCAUGAAAAUACUGACAGUAUCCACGCCUAAAGGAUUAAUGGCAGUAAAAAAGCUACAACCUGGAAUUGCUUCAGCUUUGGCUAUUUUUCAACAUCACAUGUAUGAUGGUCUUGGUAAUAUGGAAAUGGUAAGCUGCUAUUUUGACGACAUAAUAGUCGCUGGAAAGUCUAAGAAUGAUCUUAUUAGUCGUCUUGAUGUAGUUUUCAAAAAGUUAAAUGAAAUGGGCCUUGUUAUAAACGCGAAAAAACUUGAAAUUUUGAAAGAUCAGGUAAUAUUCCUAGGUCAUUUAUUGAGUAAAGAGGAAAGAAAGUCGAAUCCAGAGAAGAUUCAAGGAAUAGUUAAUAUGAAAAGGCCUGAGAAUCAGGGGGAAGGACAUACAUUUUUAAGAAAAUGUAUGCAUUAUUCUGAUUAA